AUGUCUUCCCUCUUCAACCUCAUAACUGUCGGCAGCAAGAGCAGUGGCAACUUCACCCUGGACAACAGAAUCGUCAUGGGCGCGCUGACACGAAACCGCUGCGUGGACGACCUGAAGCCCGGUCCUGCACAAGUUCGGCACUAUGCCGAGCGUGCCCGGUACGGCGCGGGUCUCAUCAUCUCAGAGGCCACCUUGGUCGACUGGUCCGGGACAUUGUGGCCCAACGCGCCCGUCAUGAUUAACGAGGACCACGCCGCGGCGUGGCGCAAUGUGGUGGAUGCCGUGCACGCUGCCGGCGGCAGGAUGUACCUUCAGGCUCUGCAUGUGGGUCGGGUGCAGAAUGAUCAGGACCCCUUGAUGCAGAGGACUGGCACGCGGGUCCUGGCGCCAUCCAAUAUCCCCGUUACCGGCGGAAAAUAUCGCCAUAUUCCUGGGGAUCCGGGUCACACAAGAAACUUGAAGGUCAUCGACGACCCAAGAACAAUUCUGGAGACGUACCGCAACUCCAUCACGUUGGCCAAAUCAGCCGGCUUCGACGGCGUCGAGCUCCAUGCUGGGGGCGGUUAUCUUCCCCACCAAUUUCUGAAUGCCAGCAGCAACCAUCGCACUGACGCCUACGGCGGCUCCGUCGCGAACCGGUGCCGAUUCCUCCUCGAGCUGGUCGACGUGGCCAGCCAAGUCUACGACUCGUGCCCCGAGCGCAUCUGCGUGAAGAUCACCCCGGCAGGGGUCUACAACGACUCCAUCACCACCUACGACGAAAUGCAGGCCACGUACGGCUACCUCAUCCCGGAGCUGCUCAAGCGCAAGAUCGGGAUCGUGUGCAUCUCGCGCCACGGGGCACACUUUGACGCCGACCUCAUCGCGACGUCGGGCGUCGCUGGCCGGCCGAAACUGGACAAGUUUGCGUUACCAGACGGGUACGAUCCCGUGCUGGACUUUGGCAGGCUGGUCAAGUUUGAGGGCAGCCCGACCUUGUUGAUGGCGAAUCAGGGGUAUACACCCGAGGAGGGGGCGAGGCUUGUGGCGGAGGGCAAGAUCGACUUGUUCCAGAUCGGGAGGGCGUUCAUAUACAAUCCGGACCUCGUCGCACGUAUCAGGCACGGCGUCCCGCUUGCCACCAACGGCAGGGGUAGCUCGGUCGCAUACGGGCCCUUUGAGACGCCGGACGAGAACUACAAUGACUGGCCGGUUGCGACGGAGGUUCCGGCCCCGGAGAAUGUGGCAGAGGUCUAA